AUGCAGCUGGCCGUGCUGACUGUGCUGUACGCUGUGAGUAUGCUGCCUGGCACCCUGGCCCUGCAGCUUCCCCAGAAGGCAGGAGGCAUGAGUGAGCUGCCGUGGGAACAGGCUCAGGACUAUCUGAAGAGAUUUUAUCCAUCUGAGUCAAAAAUAAGGGACCCCAAUUGUUUAGAAGUCGAACUCAAGCAGAUGCAAAAAUUCUUUCACCUGCCCAUAACUGCAACAUUAAGCUCCCAUAUUAUAGAAAUCAUACGGAAGCCCAGAUGUGGAGUGCCAGAUGUUGCAGAAUAUUCCCUAUUUCCAGAUCGCCCAAAAUGGACUUCCAAAGUAGUCACCUACAGGAUCGUGUCAUAUACUCGAGACUUACCACAUGUCAUAGUGAAUUAAUUAGUGGCAAAGGCCUUCAACGUGUGGAGCAAAGAGAUCCCACUGAGCUUCAAGAGAGUUAGCUGGGGAAUUGCUGAUAUCAUGAUUGGCUUUGCAAGAGGAGCUCACGGGGACCCCGACCCAUUUGAUGGGCCAGGAAACACACUGGCUCAUGCCUUUGCACCUGGGCCAGGCCUGGGAGGAGAUGCUCACUUUGAUGAGGAUGAACGCUGGACUGAUGCUAGCAAUAUAGGAAUUAAUUUCCUGUAUGCUGCAACUCAUGAACUUGGCCAUUCCUUGGGUCUGGAUCAUUCAUCUGAUCCUAAUGCUGUGAUGUAUCCAACUUAUGGAGAAGGCGAUUACAAGAAUUUCAAACUUUCACAGGAUGAUAUCAAUGGAAUUCAGAAAUUAUAUGGAAAGAGAAAUGUUUCAAGAAAAAAUUAG